UCCCAGACUUCCUGGAGAAGAAGCGCGUUCUUGCGAUCCGCAUGCUGUCUGGUGUGGAGCGUUUUGGCAGCGUGGCCUGAUUCUUUGCAGGAAGAAGUGCACGUUUGUGCUUUGCCAGUCGCGGCCUAGUGGGCCUUUCGGGGCCGCAGAGUUGCUUUUUGCAUUGGUAUAGGAGUUCGUGGCAGGCUGCGCGGCGCCCUGACCCGGCCUCACCAUGUUGGUGCUGUUUGAAACGUCCGUCGGCUACGCCAUCUUUAAGGUUCUAAAUGAGAAGAAACUUCAAGAGGUUGAUAGUUUGUGGAAAGAAUUUGAAACUCCAGAGAAAGCAAAUAAAAUAGUAAAGCUAAAACAUUUUGAAAAAUUUCAGGAUACAGCAGAAGCAUUAGCAGCAUUCACAGCUCUGAUGGAGGGUAAAAUUAAUAAGCAGCUGAAGAAAGUUCUGAAGAAAAUAGUAAAAGAAGCCCAUGAACCUUUGGCUGUAGCGGAUGCUAAGCUAGGAGGGGUUAUAAAGGAGAAACUCAAUCUCAGUUGUAUCCAUAGUCCUGUUGUUAACGAACUUAUGAGAGGAAUCCGUUCACAGAUGGAUGGAUUAAUCCCUGGGGUAGAACCACGUGAAAUGGCAGCUAUGUGUCUUGGAUUGGCCCACAGCCUGUCACGAUAUAGAUUGAAAUUUAGUGCUGAUAAAGUGGACACAAUGAUUGUCCAGGCAAUUUCCUUGUUAGAUGACUUGGAUAAAGAACUAAACAACUAUAUUAUGCGAUGUAGAGAAUGGUAUGGCUGGCAUUUCCCUGAAUUAGGAAAAAUUAUUUCAGAUAAUUUGACAUACUGCAAGUGUUUACAGAAAGUUGGCGAUAGGAAGAACUAUGCCUCUGCCAAACUUUCUGAAUUACUGCCAGAAGAAGUUGAAGCAGAAGUGAAAGCAGCUGCGGAGAUAUCUAUGGGAACAGAGGUUUCAGAAGAAGAUAUUUGCAACAUUCUGCAUCUUUGCACCCAGGUGAUUGAAAUCUCUGAAUACAGAACCCAGCUCUAUGAAUAUCUACAAAAUCGAAUGAUGGCCAUCGCACCCAACGUUACAGUCAUGGUUGGGGAAUUAGUUGGAGCACGGCUUAUUGCUCAUGCAGGUUCUCUUUUGAAUUUGGCCAAGCAUGCAGCUUCUACAGUUCAGAUUCUUGGAGCAGAAAAGGCACUUUUCAGAGCCCUCAAGUCUAGACGGGAUACCCCUAAGUAUGGUCUCAUUUAUCAUGCUUCACUUGUAGGCCAGACAAGUCCCAAACACAAAGGAAAGAUUUCUCGUAUGCUGGCAGCAAAAACUGUUUUGGCUAUUCGUUAUGAUGCUUUUGGUGAGGAUUCCAGUUCUGCAAUGGGAGUUGAGAACAGAGCCAAAUUAGAGGCCAGGUUGAGAACCUUGGAAGAUAGAGGGAUACGGAAAAUAAGUGGAACAGGAAAGGCAUUAGCGAAAACAGAAAAAUAUGAACACAAAAGUGAAGUGAAGACUUAUGAUCCUUCCGGUGACUCCACGCUUCCAACCUGUUCAAAAAAACGCAAAAUAGAACAGGUAGAUAAAGAGGAUGAAAUUACUGAAAAGAAAGCAAAAAAAGCCAAGAUUAAAAUUAAAGUUGAAGAGGAGGAAGAGGAGGAGGAGGAGGAGGAGGAAGAAGAUAAAGUACUAGUGGUAGAAGAAGAGGAGACUACAUCUGUGAAGAAAAAGAAGAAAAAAGAUAAAAAGAAACACAUUAAGGAAGAACCUCUUUCUGAGGAAGAGCCAUGCACCAGCACAGCAAUUUCUAGUCCAGAAAAAAAGAAGAAAAAGAAAAAAAAGAGAGACAGUGAGGACUAACGGAAGAGAAGCACAAUUGUGUCACCUGGGCGCACCAUGCUUAAGUCUCAGUUGAGCAUGUACCAGAGAUGCUCUCUACAAUAAUCCAGGAGGGUGCUGAAUGACACCAAGUGAUCAGUCGUCUGUAGCUUUUCAAACCUAUUUGUCUUGACAUCAACUCUGUUAACCUUAUUAUGUCAUCAUUUCUUAGAGGCUUUGAUAUACAAAUAAAAAUAUUUUCUUUGUAUUUUAA